AUGCCUGGAUGUGCAGGUGCCUCCCAGGUGGUGGUGACUGAAAGCUUCCUAAGCAAAGAAGUCAGCUAUGUCGUUUCCAGCAACAAAGAAGCUAAACAAGACAAAGCCCAGACUCAGACGGAAAAGUGGAGCAGCAUAACUUCAGAAGAUGCAAAAGCCACUAGCCCAAUGCCUUCUGCCUCCAAAGGGAACCACACCAGACCUCGCCAGAAGCCACCAGACACUGCCGUGAUCAGCAGGGGGAAGGAACUGCUGCAGAAGGCCAUGAAGAAUCAGGACACCUGUGGUGGCAGCAGUAUCCUCGCCAACGCUCGCUUGUGGGGAGUCCAGAUCUUGCACGUGGAUGAAAUGGUGUCAUAUGCUCAACAGCUGCUGCGUGCUGUCUUGGGAGCAAGGAAACGAUGCCAGAAGACAGAGGCAAAAUGCCUUGCAUCUGGAUCAAAAAUUCGCAAAGGAAAAUUGAAGCCCCCUUUUCUGAAGGUUGAAGACCAGAGCAGGCAAUUCCGACCCUUCCAUUAUCAGUUCAAAAGCUUUCCUGACCUGAAUUUCCUGGCACCCAAAAGCUCCAGCCCAUUUGAGCCUCUAAAAAGCCUCUCAAAUUCUUGCAGAGCCAGGGCUGUGGAGGGCUGUGCGAUGCGCAGCGAUGGGGAGAAGAGCCCCCGAUCCACAGCGGUCACUGUGCCCAAGAAAAAGAGGGGAUUUUGUGAGUGCUGCCAGGAGACCUUCGAAGAGCUGCAGAAGCAUCUCCAGAGCCCUCAGCACAAGCAGUUUGCGCUGGAUGACUCGCAGUACGCCCCUGUGGAUCGUGUCAUCUCUCAGCUCACCAACAACUUUGUGGAGCAGUCAGACAAGGUGCUUCAGUCCUGCCUGACAGAUGAACGCUUAGUGCCUCAAGCACAAGCUACUGGAGGAAUUGAGAUGCUGACAGCAGAGCUGGGAAAGGAAAGGGAGCAGACUGGGCAGGGUGCUGUGGAACUGGUAAUUGAUACGGAGUGUGAUCGUGGCCUGAAGACCGAGGGAUGGUCCCCUUGCCUGCCCAGGGACAGGGUCAGUAAUCUCAGAGGAGGAGGAGGGUUGCCAGAGAACUGCUCUCUGGAGCUUCCUGUCAGACCAGGACUUGCCAGAGGGGUCUGUGCUGCGCCUGGCACCGCGGAGGAGGCUGUGGUGGGGGGUACAGGUUGGGGCUCAGCUCCUGACCUGGACUGGGCUACUCGUGUGGUGACCACUUGUGUCGGAGAGGUGAUUGCUACUUCGUCUGAACCUCAGAAACAGCAAGUGCUUGGGUCUAGCAGCCACCUUCCCCAGGCAGCGCCUGCCUCCAGGAAACGUCAGCUCUCCUCCAGACAGAGAAACCAGGUGGAAAAGAAGCCCCGACAGGAGCUGAGUGUUGGCCCCUCUACCUGCACGCAGACAAACCCAGCGGAUGGUGGGGUGGGUGGACAGAGUGCAGGACAGACGUCUGAGCUUGGCUUGCCUGGUGUGGUGGAGGCUGGCAGCUUGCCUCUGAGCACAAAGCUCUCCAACAGACCUCGUAGCUCCCUUGGUUUGGAGCAGUGCCUGUGUGGGAGCCCUGGGGACCCUGCAUUGCGGCCGGGUUCCCUCCAAGCUGUGUCUGUGGGUUUUGAUCCCGCAGAGGCUCCCGCUGCCAGUGAGCAUGGCUGGAGCGGAGCGAGCACGAGUUCCCAGGGGAAGCAGCUUAGAGGGGAAAAUGAAAACACACCCCGAAAUGUGAAUAGUCCCGAGCUGGAGAGCACAAUGAGCAAGACCAGCUGUCAUACUGGCUGGGUGCCCUCUCCAAAACUGCCUGUGGCUGAAGCCAGAUGUUGCUGCUCACUCUGUGUCAGAGCAGCAGAAAAAAUAGCACCCGAACUACCUGACCUCCAGGGCCACAGCAGGGAGCAGGCUCCGUGCCCUGGGCUCCUCCAGCCUCUUCCACGUAAUGCACAGGCUGAUCAGGACUUCAGCAAAAGUUCUUCUGAGUCGGACUGGGAUGUGCAGCUGCUCUCCACCCUAACAAGUGUCCAGGACGGCAGGAUUCAGGCUGUGGACAGGGACUUGCUCCAGAGGACACAUGUCAAUGUGAGGGACAGUGGGUAUGAGUCUCAGCUCUGCUCAGUCCUGAAACAGAAGUCGGAGCUUGCUUGGGCAGGCAAAGAGGACAAGAACUGCCGAAACUGUUGCACAGAGACAAAAGGAGCCUCUUUCUCCAUAUUUGGGACCUUUUUUGGCAGCUGGACUAGUUAAAACCACCUCCUGGGAGUUCUCUGGGCCCUUAGUGGGAGCUGUGAAGUGGCUGAGAAGGGAUUUAACAAGCCACCUCCCUGUCAGGACCCGGAGGCCCAGCCGAGAGCCAGAGUGAGGACCGUGGGCUGCACAGUGGUCUCCAGACAGCAGACAGCCCAGCAGCUCUGCUGUUGGGAACUGAUGGGUGAUGCAGCAGUUUCACUGCCCUCAGCUGGGAUCUUCCCUCCUCUCUGCUGGUAACAUUUAGAGCCAAUAGCUUCCUGUCUAUCUCCUCACUGGGCUGCUGACAAGAUGGUCUUUCUCUGGAAGUAUCUGUUCAUCAGGAAUGUGAUCUUUGACCUUCCAGAAGAAGAGCACAGCCUGUUCCUCCUUUCGCCCACUCCUUGGACGUGCAGGUGGUGAAGAGGAGGGCCGCGGGGGUGAGAUCUGUGUUCUUCACGUGGUUUGGGGGUUUGUUGGAUGUCUGAGUAUUUACAGAUGUUUGUAACUGGCACUGUUUGAUUUUUAUUUUUUUUAAGCAAACCUUUAAACUUUUAAAUAAAAUGGAAGAUGAGA